AUGGACGAGCCCGGGCGGAAUUACGAGGCUCAGAUCCGGAAUUACCGAGGGCCCGACCCUCUGGAGCCCUGGGACAGUGAGCGCUGGGCCUGGUUCGGGUGUUUCCCCAUCCCCGGUUCGGGUGUUUCCCAUCCUCGGUUCGGGAUCUGCCCCUUCCCGGGCCGGAGCUGAUCCUGGGAUCGUUCCAGGUACCUGCAGUGGGCAGAGGGAUGCCUCCCGCUCCCAGAGAGGCAGAGCCGCUGGCCGGGGCUCCUGGAGCGGCUGGUGGAGCUGUUCGUGAGCGACCGGCGGUACCAGCAGGACCCGCGGUUCGUCAGAUACUGCCUCAAGCUGGCAGAGUUCAUCUCCUCCCCGGGCCAGUACUUUGAGUACCUGCACGGGCAGGGCAUCGGGGCCAGGAGCUCGGAUUUCUACCUGGCCUGGGCUCGGCUGCUGCUCCAGGACGGAAACGUGCAGGGAGCAGCGGCCGUGCUCCAAAAAGGGCUCCUGAACCAGGCACAGCCCCGCGAGAACCUGCAGCAGCUCCACUGCUCCCUGCAGAGUUAUGAUCCUCAGAAUCCUCCUUUGCAAGAUGCUGCUGUUCUAAAACCACUUCAGCCUUCCCAUGUUGCAAAUCAAAUGGCUCCUCCAAAAGGUGUCUCAAGUCCUAAUCCCUGCAAAACUCAGGGUCUGGACGCUGCUGGUUCUCAACCCUGUGCUGCUGGGAAAGAAGUGAACUACAUCACCUACAUCUCCAAGUCCGAGGUUGCUCCGAAGCCGCCGUCGGGCGCCGCCGGGUGGGAGCAGGUGCCCAUGUACGACAAGAACCUGCUCCUGUGCCCGGGCUCAGAGCUCUCCUUCGAGGAGCUCAGGGCCAAGAGAUACUUCAGGAAAUAUGAGCUCCUCAGGAGGCAGCAGGCACUGGAGGAGGAGCAGAAGGACUCCAUGAGGAAGAAGGAGUCGGCAGUCCUGGAGCUCCAGGCGCUGCAGCAGAAGCUGGACCAGCUCACCCAACUCUCCAGGAGCCUGGAGGAAACGAGGCUGGAGCCAGCAGCUGAGCCAGGCCAGAGCGUGGUGCCCCCACCUGCGAGGCCCAGCACAUCUCCCAUCCCAGGGAGCUGGAUGGCCCCUGCUGCAGGGCUGGAUGUGCCAAAGGACCCAGCUCUGGUGCCUGAGCAGCCCCAAUUCCAGGCACCACCAGCCACCGCUCCUGCCCUGCGGCCGGCGAAGCCCCUCGGAAACCACAUCCCAAAAACCUCCCCAUGGGAAACACCACAGGACAAGGACCCAGCUGGACCUCGGGAAACACCACAGCACAAGGACCCAGCUGGAGCUCGGGCAGGGCUUGGGGAGCUCCAGAAGAGUUUGCUGCACCCUGCCUUCAGUGCUGCUCCAGCCCAGGAACGGGCUGGUCCUGACCCUCGGAGCGCGGGAGAACUGUCUCCUAACAAAGGAUGCACUGGAUUAACUCCUGCUGUGGAUGUGAAGGAAGCCUGCAGAGCUGGGAAUUCCUCCUUUGCCUAUGGGAAUGUUUCCCAGGCCACCCCCAACACCUCGCUGGGAGGAGCAAUGGGGAUGACAACGCCCUUCAAGGUGCAGCCAUCGCCCACGGUCCACACAAAGGAAGCCUUGGGUGUUCUCAUGGAUAUGUUCCAAACACCCUUCUUGCCUGAGCCAUCUGCCCUGGAAGACAGUGAGGAACAAUUUGAAGCCUUUUGCAGAAAAAGUGAGCCUGGUGGAGGUUUGAAAACGAGCAUUGCUGUCCCUGCCACUCCUGCCUUUGCCAUCUUUGAGGAUGAGGAGGAGAAGGAGAAUGGAGGGAUCCCACAGCACAAGAACAAACCAGAAGAGCCCAGAACUUUCGGAGAACAUCCCAUGACUGACUGUGCAGCAGAAGAAGAAACAGGGACCACGGAAUUCCUGCGGGAUGAUUACACGGUGUGGAAUGGCCCCUGCAGCAACAAAGCCCUGGCUCCCAGUCCAGACGACACCAGGGAUUUUGCCCGAGCUGCCCAGCUCAUGUCCACACCCUUCAAUUACCUGGCAGCUCCUUCCCAGCCCCCUUUGCAGGACAGAGCCUGUAAGGAAAAUUUGCCCCAGAUGAAUUUGGAAUUCUCUGGAGAACUGCACAGGCAGCCAAGGCCCAAGAAGUUAAGCCCUGUUCUCGAACACGUCCCAGAACAGAGAGGGCUUCGUGGUAACGUCCUGAAACAAGGGACUGGGAUCCAGGGAAUUGCUGCAGCUGCUCAGAGCAGAACUGGACAUUCCUCCUGCCCUGGGGUGGAGAGACCUUCCCAGGAGAUGCUCUGUGGAGCUGGGCAGGACAGGACAGCGUGGAACGGGAGGCCUGCAGUCCUUGUUGAGAACCCCUGGGACAAGGAAUUGAUUGGCAAAUUCUUGUCGGAGCUCCCAGAGCCGCUCCACACCUGCGCCAACUACUUUGAGUGGAAAUCUCCCCUUCCCUUCAUCCAAGUGAAGGCUGAACUCUCACUGGGUUCCAGCUCAUUCCAUGUGGACUGCUUGGUUGGAGAAGGAGCUUUUGCCCAAGUGUAUCAAGCUUCCAUCCUGGAUGCCAGUAACCCUCAGAAAAACCAGAAAGUGAUAUUCAAGGUCCAGAAACCAGCCAACCCCUGGGAGUUCUACAUUGCAACCCAGCUGGAGCAGAGGCUGAGCCCCAGCCUGCACCACCUCUACAUCCGCUUCUAUUCCGCCCAUUUCUUCCCCAACGGCAGCGUCUUGGUGGGGGAGCUCCACAACUACGGAACGCUGCUCAAUGCCGUCAACCUUUACAAGAAGCUCCCGGAGAAGGUGAUGCCCCAAGCCCUCGUCAUCUACUUCGCUGUCAAAAUCCUUCACAUGGUGGAGGAGUUGCACAGCUGCCACAUCAUCCACGGGGAUAUCAAGCCUGACAAUUUCAUCCUGGGAGAAAGGUUCCUGGACAAUGACACGUGUGACAUCGACGGGCUCUGCCACGGCCUGACCCUCAUUGACCUGGGACAGAGCAUCGACAUGAAGCUCUUCCCUGAGGGAACAGCCUUCACUGCCAGGUGUGAAACAUCUGGGUUCCAGUGCGUGGAAAUGCUGACAAACAAACCAUGGAACUACCAGACAGACUACUUUGGGAUCGCAGCCACCGUGUACUGCCUGCUCUUCGGGUCCUACAUGCGCCUCAAGGAAGACAACGGGGUCUGGAAGCCUGAUGGAACCUUCAGGAGGCUUGCCAACGCUGAGCUGUGGAAGGAGUUCUUUGAGAGCCUGCUGAACAUUCCCAGCUGCCACAACCUGCCUUCCCUCCGAGCCCUGCGCCAGAAGUUCAAGGAUUUAUUUUGCAGGUCCUACGCUAAGGAAAUCAAGUUCCUUCGGAACAGACUUGUUGUGUUGCUCCUCGAGCACAAACGCUCACGGAAAUAAGGGUUGAGUUUGCCCAGUUUCCAAGGACUUGGGGUUUUAUGGGUGUGGAAUAUUUUUGUAAUAACUUGGUUUCAAAUAAUAAACGGGUUUGGGGUUGACUU